ACAAGAGCAUGGCCUUAGCCUUCCUUCUUGCAAACUGUAAAGUGAUAUUACCAUCACGACUUGAUUCUCGAAAUAGAAAGGCGUCAGUGGCGUUAGUUCUGCCACCACAGUUGGUGUCAGUGAUGAAGCGUUGUGUAUCAUUAAAAAUCGGUUAAGAAAUUUUUUCACAAUUAUAUUUAUUUUUUUAUGUGUAAAAUGUACAUAUGUCUGAUUUUAAUCAGAUGUUCAACCGAUACGAUUAUGUUACAAUAAAAAUAUAAGUGUUUUUAUAUAAAAAAAAUAAGGAAUCUCUGCUCAAUUUUAUUUCAAUAUGAAAUAGAGAACAAAAUUUCCAUGAUUUUAGAAAUCUCAUAGCAAUGCCUGAUUUCAGUGAGAAUGUAUUGUGUUAUUCAUCACACAACUCAGCUCAAGGUCAUGUAGUAGUAGUAGGAAUUUAAUAAUUAUCUUUGGCUGAAGAUAAAAUAAAAAUAAAAAUGACUCUAAGAAAUAUAGAACUAUUGGAUAGUAGCAAUAGCAGCACAAACUCAUUAGAUGAUAUAAGCAAUAUAUGGGAACAGACUGAAACUUAUCUUCAAAUAUUGGCUUCAAUUGUUGGGCUGGUCAUCAACUUAAUUACAAUUUACGUUAUAGGAAGGAAGAGACAUGUACAGAAAACAAAUUCUUACCUCAUUAGCCUUGCUGUCUGUAAUAUAACUGUUUUAAUUUUAAAUCUUAUAAAAGAAUUCAAAAUUGAUAGUCUGCAUCAGACUUACGUUGAAUGUAAAACAUUUCCUUACUUGCAACAAGUAAUUCUCAGCGCAAUAGUAAUGCAUUUUUUAAUUCUAAUUAUUUACUGGUACAAGUAUACCAGAUGUUUAGGACACUCAAAAUUGUUCGUGAAGCAAAACCCAGUCAUAUUGCUUCUAAUUUUGUUAUUUAGUUUUAUUGGUGCCAUUCCUUUCUCCUAUUUUAAUGUUAUAUCCGUGAAAAGUCUUUCAGAGGGGAAUGAACAAUCGCUGUGUAAUCAAACAAUGCCGAAAUAUGUCCAAGGUAUAUGGACAUUGAUAUUCUUCAUCAUACCAAUGAUAAUUAUAUUGAUAUUAUUUUUUGGAAUAAGAAAAAAUAUUCGCGAAAGUAUUUCUAUGGCUGGAUAUUCUUCGAAUCAAGAAGCAAUUAAUUUUAAUUUAAAACAAAUUUAUUGGAGGAAAAGGGCAGUGACCUUUUUAUUAUUGGCUGUGGCAACACUUUUCGUUUUUAAAUUUCCAGAAGUCUUAUAUUAUACUCUGAUUUCUUGUAAUAUAAUUUCAGCCUCGGAUUCACGAUGGAAUUCAUUUUACAUUGCUUCUUUUUAUAUUUACACUGCCGCCAGUGCCAUACUCUUUAUAUUGACUAGUAUAAGAGCAAAUUCAUUGACAACUUUGAAGUGUAAUGAAAAAGUCGAUUCACGUUCACAAAAUGAAUCUCAGUCGAUGUCAAUUAUUGUUGAUGAAAAUAAUCAUCAAUGAUGUUUUCAUCAAAUUUAGAGACAUUUUUUUUACAUGAAAGACAUUAAUAUGUGAUUCUCAGAACUGGUAUUUUUAUACAUGACAAUAUAAUUGUUUUUUAUAAUAAAUGUAAAAUAUUUGCCUGAUGUAAAUAAAUCAAAAUGUUUUUUUUACUA